AUGUCUGCCGUGCCGCAAGCAAAUGCAAGUGCGCUCUCAUCGUUGGGCAGCACGAGUCUCGAGCAGAUUCUGCGCAUGAGACAGGAACGCAAUCAGCGCACACCGAAGUGUGCACGAUGCCGCAAUCACGGCACUGUGUCCGCACUCAAAGGUUUACUAUCACUUCAUUUCACCUCGUUUAGUGAAUAA